AGAGAGAGAGGUUAUCUGAGAGGGUUAGAGGGAGGGAGAGAGGUCUUAAGACAGAGAGAGGUUGUUCACCAUUCAGAUAAUUUUUCACAGGGUCAGGAUGGGCACACAAAGGUCAGAUCUUGGCUUGACAUGGGAGCCAUUGGGGGACGGGAUAGAGGACGAAGUGGAGGAUGAGGAGGGCAGGUGUGACGAAGAUGGGGUGUUUUCGUACGGGGGGUACGAACUGUCAGUGGCCCAGGAGAAAGGAGAGACGACGACCAGGAGCCCCGAGACAGACCCAGACACGGUCAUCAGCCUGAAGACCGAUAAGGCAGGGAGGCUGGUGUUGGAGACGCUGGAUGACCUCAACAACAUCAUGCUGCUGAGGAAGAGGAAGAGAGAGAGGAAGACUCCUGCCUCGAAGCCCAUCCCUGCCACUGCACCGCUGCUGCCCUACUACGUGGACGAGGAGGACUUCUUCAAGGCCUGUGAGCAUAACCAGCUGCCUGUCAUCGAGAAGUUCCUCAAGGACGGAGGAGACGUCAAUGCCCAGGACAACUUCCAGAGGACCGGUCUCCACAAAGCGUGCUUUCGGGGUCACAUAGAUGUCGCCCGGAGACUGGUGGAGGCUAAAGCUGACGUCCACAUGAGGGACAAGCUGGGCUCGUCAUGUGUCCACGCUGCCUGUAGGGGGGGCUGCCUCUCCGUCCUGGAGCUCCUCCUGGAUAACGGAGCCGCUACCUCCGAUAAAGACAAGAUGGACAGUACACCUCUCCACGUGUCGGUGAGAAUUGGUCAUUACGACUUCGUUGAGCAUUUAAUUCGCUGUGGAGCCGAGAUAAACGCUGUAGACAAGGAAGGAGACAGUCCUCUUCAUGACGCUGUGAAGGUCAAUGGUGUUAAACUGAUAGAGCUGCUGGUUGCCUACGGAGCAGACCAGAGGCUCAUCAACCAGGAAGGACAAUGUCCGCUGGACAGUGUCCUGGAGUGGCAGAACGGAGCCAAGACUCUACUGGCCAAACCGGGAGCUACGGGCUAAUCUGGCCAUAAUAGUUACUAGCUAAUCUAGCUACACCCCUUCAUAUAUAUAUAUAUAUAUAUAUAUAUAUAUAUAGGCUUUGAAUAAUAUGGAAAGCUAUUACUUUACUUUGCAAUAUCUAUCAUUGUCUCGGGCAACUUACUUACACAAUGUAGUUAAAUAGGUAGCUUGUCCUGUCAAUAGUUAGUAUUUUAUUUGUAUACAAUGAUUGUGUGCAAUUGUUUCAAUACUGUAGUCUAUUGAAAGAAGGUUGAGUUUCAUGCAGUUGUAAUGUGCAGGCCUGCAUGUAAGUGUGACAUCACAUCAGAAUAAAGAGUUGGAUGACGA